AUGAACGACACAGUAACUAUCCAAACCAGGAAGUUCGUGACCAACCGACUACUUCAGCAGAAACAGAUGGUCAUUGAUGCCCUUCACCCUGGAAAGGCAACAGUACCUAAGAGAGAAAUUCGGGAAAAACUAGCCAAAACAUACAAGACCACACCAGAUGUCAUAUUUAUAUUUGGAUUCAGAACCCAUUUUGGUGGUGUCAAGACAACUGGCUUUGGCAUAAUUUAUGAUUCCUUGGAUUAUGCAAAGAAAAAUGAACCCAAACACAGACUCGCAAGACACGGCCUAUAUGAGAAGAAAAAGACAUCAAGAAAACAGCAAAAGGAAUGCAAGAACAGAAUGAAGAAAGUCAGGGGGACUGCAAAAGCCAAUGUUGGUGCUGGCAAAAUGUGA